AUGUUCUGUAUAAUAUUAAAUUAUUAUUUUUUUGUUAGAAAUAAAUUAAAUAUUAAGGAAGCCAUUGACUACGUAGCAACUUCAUGGGAUGAAGUUGAUGAAUUAACAAUGGCAAAUUGUUGGAUAAAGACAGGUAUUUUGCCACUAGUGCCGCAUGUCGAUAUUGAACUUGCACAAUAUACAUAUUUAGAAAUAAUUGAAAAUGAGGAAAAUGAAAUAAUUGAUCUAACUACAAGUGCAGAUCAAAUGGUUUCACAAGAAAUAGAUAUCUACCAAGAAAUUAAUAAUGCUCAUAUUCCUAUGGAGGAAAUACUUGACGAUAUCCAAAUUGUUGAAACUGUAUUAGCAGAAGAAUUAGAAUGUGAACAAGGCGAUCCAGAAGAUUCUAAUAAGGAACCUCCAAAAAUUUCUGUUUCUGAAGGGUUAAAUAGGUUGAAAACUUUUAUUUUAUUUGCAGAACAAAUGAAUAAUGAUUUUUUCUUUAAUAGUAACGAUCUAAAAAUAUUUCGAAUAUACUCACAAUUAAUAAAGCGUAAAACUACUAAAUUUAUGAAACAAAAAUCUAUUGCAGAUUUUUUUAAUCAGGAAAAUCAAGCUAUUAAUGAUAAUUAUUUUGACGAUAAUUUCUCUGGUAGCAAUAAUGAUGGUGCUUUCUCUGAUAAUAGUAAUAAUAAUGGGUUCAAUGAUAUUUAUUCUAGUAACAACUUUCCUGAUUAUGUUAGUCUUCCUAAAUACAAUUUUCCUGAUUAUAACGAUUUUUCUGAUAACUAUGGCAGUUCUUCUGAUGAUUAUGAGAACUAA